UUGCUUUCCUCUUGGGAAUAAAUCUGAACUGACGGAAAAGGUACAAUAGUCGUUCGAGAUUUUUUUCAUAUGACAUUCGUCUAUUUACACGCAAGGACUAUGGAGAGGUAUUUAGCGACACAAUUUCAGAGAAGGUACGUUUCCAUCUUUCUUCUGACUGCGUUGAUUAACACAGCGUCUGCCGUUACGCACUAUUCCAUUCCUGAAGAAAUGGAAGAAGGUUCGGUUGUUGCUAACCUGGCCACAGAUUUGGGUUUAGAUGUGAGGAGCUUGAAUAAAAGGAGUAUGAGAUUAGAUGUCAUCGCAAACAGGAAGUAUCUCGACGUAAAUAAAGAUACUGGGGAACUAUUCAUAGCAGAAAAGAUAGAUAGGGAGCUACUAUGUAAUAUAAAAACCUCUUCGUGCUUUCUUAAAAUGGAUGUGACCAUUGAAAACCCGAAACGUAUAUUUAACAUAGAACUUGAAAUUGUAGACAUCAAUGAUAAUGCCCCUCACUUCAGGCGAGACACUAUACACCUAGAUAUAUCUGAGUCCACCCCUGUUGGUGAAAGAUUUUCAUUGAAUAAUGCAGUGGAUCCUGAUUUUGGCUCGAAUUCUAUAAAGACAUACUACUUAAGUGAAAGUGAGCACUUUGCUAUUGAAAUUCAGACAGGAAGAGAUGGGUCAAAAUUUACAGAUCUGAUACUUAAAAAAGCUCUAGACCGUGAAGAACAGGCAGUCCACCACUUGAUACUCACUGCUGUAGAUGGUGGAGUACCUACUCGUUCUGGUACAGCCAGCAUUAUUGUGCGCGUGCUGGAUACCAAUGACAACGCCCCUCAGUUUGACAAAGACAGCUAUACCAUAAAUCUAACAGAAAACUCACCAAUUGGAUACCUUGUAGUCAAACUAAACGCAACAGAUAGAGACGAGGGAUCAAAUUCGGAGAUUGAGUACUCUUUCAGUCUUUAUACGUCGGAGAAAACACAAAGUACUUUCAGUUUGAAUUCAGAAAAUGGUGAGAUCAGAGUUAAAGAAAUGGUAAACUAUGAAGAUUUCAAAAUCUAUAACAUGGAAAUAAUAGCAACAGAUAAAGGAGCGAAUAGUCUUUCGGGUCAGUGCAAAAUAACGAUUUUAAUCACAGAUAUGAACGACAAUCAUCCGGAAAUUUCCAUAAAGUCGUUUACUAGUCCAGUUAAAGAAGACAUAGCUGUAGGAACAGUGAUAGCAGUAGUUAGUGUGAGUGAUAAAGACUCAGGAGAAAACGGUCAAAUAGAUAUUCAUAUUUCUGAUGAAUUGCCUUUUACGCUUAAAGAAUCAUCUGAUAAUUAUUAUGAGCUCGCGGUAUCAGAACCAUUAGACCGUGAAAAGGUUCCAGAGUAUGACAUCACAUUCACCGUCACAGACAGAGGAAACCCUCCGUUAUCUGAUAAUGAAACUAUGACUUUAGAGCUGCUGGACGUUAACGACAACGUUCCUCAGUUUCCACAGUCAUUCUACACCAUACAGGUUGUGGAAAAUAACGCCCCAGGAGCUUUAUUGAGCUCCCUCACCGCACACGACCCAGACCUCCAUGAAAAUCAGUAUCUAGUAUAUUUCAUAAUAGAGAAGGAAAUAGCGAACACCUCCAUGUCCAUGCUGUUCUCCAUCAAUCCAGAGAACGGGAACCUUUACGCACUGAAGACGUUUGAUUAUGAGAUAGAGAAGGAGUUCCUUUUCCACAUCGAGGCCAGAGACUCUGGCGUUCCUCCGCUCAGCAGCAACAUGACCGUUCACAUCAUUAUAAUGGACCAGAACGACAACCCACCGCUUAUAGUGUCUCCAUGGCGCGCGCACGGCUCAGUGGUGGAGGAAAAAAUCCAGAGAUCCACGGAUAAAGGAACUCUGAUAGCCAAAGUGAUCGCUAUUGACACCGACUCGGUGCACAACUCUCGCAUCACCUACCAGUUUCUCCAGAACACCGAUGCUACAUUGUUCAGCUUGGACCAGUACAACGGAGAGAUCCGGACCAUGAGGAUGUUCAGCUACAGAGACUCGCGCCACCAGCGGCUGGUGGUGAUCGCCAAGGACAACGGAGAGCCCUCGCUCUCCGCUACAGUCACCAUCAAACUGUCCACGGUGGAGGCCGCGCUGAAAACCUAUGCUGACCUGACUGAAGUGCCUUUAGAGUAUGACAUCUUUUCAGACUUGAACCUUUAUCUGGUGAUCGGACUGGGCUCGGUGUCAUUUCUCUUACUGAUCACCAUAUUGGUGACCAUCGUGCUGAAGUGUCAGAAACCGAAGCCCAGCAAAGCAGCUCCUCCCUGCAGGAACAGUGUGAUCAGUGAGAGGAACUCCACCAUCGCCGAUUCCACGCUGGUGUCCAACGAUGCCUACUGGUACAGUUUGUUUCUAGCGGAGACGAGGAAAGGGAAGCUGGUAGUUAGGCAGCCUGUGCCAAAGGGGGCGAGAUACAUCGUGUCCAGUAUACCCAGGAGUACAGGCGUGACCGAGACUAGUGACUCAGCUGCGUCCACUCUACAGGCAUCCACUACCACCAGCAGCAGUUCCUCAUGAGGCCCCCUCCCACCCCUUGUUGCUGGAGUGAUGUUGAGAAGAACCUGGCUAGAACAGUGGACCAUGCCCACCCAACACCUGCCCUUCUACCUGGCUACCUGUCUGCACCUACUUUCUGAACAUCUUACAAGGCUUCUAUUUGAUGUACACAGCAGUUACUUCCCAUUGGCUUUUCUCCUGCAUUAAUGCUGAGAAUCUCACAGACUGGAUGGAGAAAGACUUUGCUUAUGGUUGUGACUGAUAGAUGAGCUUACAUGGAGAUCAGCAAUGCUACUCCCACCCCCAGUGCACAAGCUCAUGUUCCCUCAGAACGGCCAACGUGUUUAUUUCAUUAACAUCCAUAUUAAUUCAACAUGCAUGGAUCUGCAUGGCUAAGGCUUUACUAUGGACUUUUAUUCUGCUUCUCAAUGAUCAAUAAGGAACAGGGGACAACAAAACCUUAAAAUGGACAUGGGUGGAUGCCUAAGACACAGAAAAUAAAGAACAAAAUUAAGGAAGGACAAAGAAGAGGUUGGUAUGCAGAGACUCUGGUGUUGUACUUUAGAUGAUGAACCUGAACUGUGUUUCUGCAACUUUUCUCUAAUGGAUGUUAAAUCUUUACUUCUUUGUGUUCAGUGGACUGUAUUCAUGAAAACAAUAGUAGCAAGGGAAAAAGCAUCAACUAAAACCAUUAUUGGAUAAAGGGAACUUGUUGUUUGGUGAUACUAAGUCUCUACUUGUGUGUAUUGUACCACAUCUGUGUUGCUGUUUAUACCAGUAGUUUGUUGUGUAAAUGGUAAAGAAGCUGACAAGACAUGGAGUGCCCUUAGAAACAUUCAACAAAUAUUUGUUAUAGAAGUGUUUUUAUUCGGCCUACUCAAACCAUCACGUAAGUGUACUUUUUACAUAAUUUGUAUCACAUCAUAGAAAUUAUGUCAUAUUGACCUUUGUACAUCUUUAAAAGACAACUGUAAAGUUGCAUAAAUGUCACCCAACAAUCACUCCCCUGAAGUGCUCUGCUUAGAGAGCCUUAUCUUUAAUUAUUCAGGAGAAACAUUCUGCCAGCUAAUUGUCUUUUCAGUUGAAUUAAUACUGAGUAGCUCCUUUCUCUGUACUUAUAAAGGUUCUCAGUGCAAAUGUGUUGGCCUAUGCAUUACAAUCUAUACAUAAUGAGGCUGUGUUUUGCAGCUUCAACUUCAAGACCAGGGUAAAAUUUUACAAUUCUGGUGGUAAUGAAGUACGCACAUGGAGUCAUAUCACUUCUCCUAUUCAAAGUCAAAAUUUAUGGCCCUACAAAUGAGGACCACCAACUACCCUGCAAAUAAGCACAUACUGUGUUGACAUUUAACAGAGAGUUAUGUGGGGACUGAUGCAAGUGUUUUGAUAUUGGUAAUUUUAAUCAUGUUUUCAAAUGACUAUUUUAAACAUAUUCACCUCAUCUUGUGGAUUGUGUUACUUAAAUUGUUCCUAGGCUUGUACUGCAUUAUUCCUGUACUAAGCAAAAGCAAAAUGAAAACAAUGAAAGUAACAGCCAAGUGUUGACUUUGUGAUGUUAAAUAAUUGUUUUCUUUAUACAAAAUGUUUUUGCUAUAUCCCUGGAAAUGUUCAUUUUUUUUCAAGAUAUUGAAAUGUUUAUGACUGCUCAGGCUGUUUAAAGCUUUUGCAGCUUUAUUUAGUGAUUUAUCCAGUUACUGGUUUGUGCAGGCUGUUAAAGUGCUUUUCUUUGUAUAGUACAGUUACACUAGCAGUGCAAUAUGUGGAUUGUUAUGUUUCUGUUAACCCUUAUUAUGCAGUACAUUUAUUAUGCAGCUUAUCAUUCUGCAGCUGUUUUACAUAUUCAAAAGUGUCAUAUUAUUUGUGAACAGUAAUCAGAGCUUUCUUGGUAAAAUGUGCACAGGGUUCUGAUGACUUCCUCAGGCAGGGCAAAUCAUGGGGUCAAGAGGUCAGUGUGUUUGGAGGCACAAUAUUACAGAGGGAAAUUUUUAGAGAGGUUUUAGCUUCAGACAGAGCGUUUG